CACGUCUAUAGACUUGUAGCAAGCCUACAAUUUGUUCUAGCCUAGAUCUACUAAACGAGAUGGCUAUGGCUUCAUGCAACCAGAUGUAGAAAGGCGUGUAGCUAGAUAUCUUUGACCUUUGUCUUGUUCACACACGUUACUAAAAUUUCUUAGUAGUGCACGUUUUGGAAGUUCACUGACGCACUAGAAGUACACUCGUUGUGUCAGUGGCAAUAGCGACUAUAUGCAUGUUGUAUUAAAGAACUAGAGCAAGUAUAUAAGAAAACUCUAUAGAUAGGUAGAUCAGUGGCUACUGUAGAAGGUUGGAGGUUGCAUGUACAUGUGUGGAAAGUGCUUGGUCUGGAGAGACAGCUAGACGUCUUUGCUACUAUGUUUCCAGUUCACUGUGGAGAGAGCCAUUCCCGUACAGAGCGAGCUGCCUGGCUGCGUGAGCAAUACACUCCAUCUGAUGUGGACUCAGUUCCCGUCUGGAAAGUUCAACAAGAUGUACGCCACCGCUUUGGUGAAGUGUUGAGUGACAAAGAAAUAGGGCUCAUAGUGUUCACAGCAUUUCCCCAAUGUACUAGACGCAAGAAGAAAGGUCAAUCUAGGGAAUACUACUAUGUUGGUUUCAAACCUGCAGUUCACCAGCACUUUGUUCAACAACUGGCACCCACAGAAGUAUCAACUAGCGUCCCUACAACACCAGACAUUAACUGGGAAGCAGUGACCUUAGUUGAACAACUGGUACCCACAGAAGUAUCAACUAGCGUCCCUACAACACCAGACAUUAACUGGGAAGCAGUGACCUUAUGUCUUAUUUCUGAGAUGGAGUCCCUGAUUCGGGCAAAGGACCCAACCUUUAUCCAAGGUCCAACUACUGAGGAUGCCAUAGGAAAGUUUUCACUCAGUAGUUUGUUAUACUUCCUCCAUUACGAUAUGAUACCUCAAAUGAACCAACCAACACCAUAA